AAUAGUGUGUAUCCAAACAUGAAGAUCAACAUAGUAAGAAGAAAUUUCAUAAAACCAAGCACUCCAACUCCCCAAAACCUCAAAAACUACAAACUCUCAUUCAUAGACGAGCUCAGCCCGCCGUCAAACUUCGGCGUCGUCCUCUUCUACCAAUCCAAGCCGACGACAAAACCAGCCAACGUGCUCCUCGAAGAGUCCUUGUCGGGGAUCCUACCGCGGUUCUAUCCUCUCGCGGGAAGAUACAUCGACGAGGACUUCAGCGUUGACUGCGUUGACCAGGGCGCCGAGUUUGUCGAAGCGGUAGCUGAGGGCGACGAUGUGGAGGUGGACGAUCUUCUUCCGCGACGAGGGGACCAGUUCACGGGCCCCACCGAUCCGCUGCUGUCGGUUCAGGUCACUGAGUUAGUGAAAUGUGGGACCUUGGCUGUUGGUGUUAGUGUUUCGCAUAAGGUUUUCGAUGCUUCUUCGAUUGGGACGUUUAUUGCGGCUUGGUCGAAUGCUAGCAAGAAUUUUGGGGGAGAAGAAGGGAUCGGUGUUGUUCCCAACUUUGAUCCUCAUUUGUUGUUUCCUGGUAAGAAACGAAGUUACUUUGGUGAAAUGAUGCCAUCAGAAACCAAUGGUGAAAUGAAGCCAUCGGAAACCAAUCAUCAAACCACCACCAUCGUUUCAAAGCUUUUCUCAUUCAAGAAGGAAUCAAUCACAAAUCUGAGAUCAAAACUAAACCCAAAACAAGCCUUCAACAACACCAUCUUCUCGAAGGUUCGCCUCGUCUCCGCUGUCAUAGCCAAAGCCAUGAUCCGCAUCGACGGGCGGCCUUCCCUCAUCCUUCAGGCCGUCAACGUGCGGCCGCGAACCGCCCCUCCUCUCCCCGUCCACUCAUGCGGAAACCUCGCUUUGCAUUCCGUCGCAAAGUGUCCGCACGGUGCGGACGGUUUGGGACUUGAGGAAAUUGCGUGUGUGAUGAGCGAAGCCAUCGAGAAGACCGUCUCCGACUGCGUUAAAUUGGAGUCGCGUGGAUACGAGGAGGUGGUUAUCGGGGCGGAGGCGGGUCUGAUCGAGGGGAUGAUGAGCUCGGGGAUGAGUUAUUUGAGUUUUAGUGAUUGGAGUAGGUUCGGGUUGUACGAUGCGGACUUCGGGUGGGGGAAGCCGUCGUCGGUGGGGAUAGCGCGGGUGCCGUAUGAGAGGGCGACGGUGCUCGUGAAUGAUGGAGAUGGGGGUGGGAUUGAGGCGUGGGUUCAUUUGAGCUUAGAUGAUAUGGUUUGCUUUGAGGAAGAUGAUGAAAUUAAAUUGUAUGCUAGUGGAAAAAUGUAAGAGUGGUAUAUGGAAUAGUAUGUGUUAUUGGUUUUUUUUUUUAAUAAAA